AUGGAACUACCCGAAAAUAGUUACGAGCAUUCGAAAGCUAAGUUUAUAGAUGUCCUUCCCCCUUUGUUUGCCAAAAAAGUUAGAAAAAUUAUGAGGAAUGAUCAUGGUGAAAUUCCUUAUAAGUAUUAUACUUAUGGUAAGCUGAUAGGAGUUUGCACUCAAGAAGGUAUAAAUUUUUGCAAUGAAUUGAAGUUAUCUAGACAGUUUAAGAUGGAUAAGCUUAAACAAAGAUCUCAACUAGGAGACUUUUGUACCCAGUUCGAUUUACCUGAUACUUUUGCUAAAAGCAAGAAGAAGAAACAUAGAGAUUCUAGAUACUCUAAUCCUAAUAAACCUUAUCGGAAAAAGAGAUCUAGAUAUAGAUCUAAGGAAGAGCGCCAGGCUAGAAAAGCCUUUCGCAAGUCUAAUAGAUUUAUCAAGAGUAGGUCUAAGUGGGAGCUCGCCAAAAUCAAGUGCUACAAAUGUGGAAAAUUCGGUUACAUAGCACCCAAUUCUAAGCUUGAAAAACUGAAAACCUUAGAACUUGAUGAAGAAGUUCAUGAUAAGACUUAUAGUUUCUUAUACACUUCUAGUUCUGAGUCUAAUUAUGAUUCUGAUUUAGGUUCUGAAGAAGAGAUUGAUUUGCUUGAUUUAUCUAAUAGUAAUCAACAUGUUAAUAUGAAUACUUGCUAUGCUUGUCAUGGUGAUAUUUGUUCUUGUGAAAAUGAUCAAUUUUAG